UCGGUAUAAAAGCCCUCCCGCCUCCCCGCCCGCCUUCACUCGCCCUGCUGCCUGGAGUGCGGCGCUGCCUCUCCGCCCGGCCUCUCUCUCUCUCUCUCGUUCGCUCUCUCGCAAUCUCUCUCUGCCCCCCCUCCCUCCCUCCGGGCCCCCGCCUUUGCCGAGGGAGGCGCCUUGGAGCUCCAAGCCUCUCCGUGGCCGAGGGAGAAGCGCCAGGAAAGGCAGGCGGAGGCGUCUUUGGCGGCGUCGGCGCGGGGCUUGCCAGGAUGGCGGCGGUGGUGCUGGAGCCGGAGUCGGAGCCCUCCUGCAGCCUCCCCGGCGCCGUGCCCCCCUCGCCCAGCCUCUCGCACCGCUUCCUGGACACCAAGUUCUACCUCCUGGUCGUGGUCGGGGAGCUGGUCACCGAGGAGCACCUGCGGAGGGCCAUCGGGAACAUCGAGCGAGGAAUUCGAUCUUGGGACACAAACCUAGUAGAAUGCAACUUGGAUCAAGAACUUAAACUUUUUGUGUCUCGUCAUUCAGCUCGAUUUUCUCCUGAUGUGCGAGGUCAGAAGAUUCUUCACCACAGAAGUGAUGUCUUAGAAACUGUCGUCCUGAUUAACCCUUCAGAUGAAGCAGUCAGCACGGAGGUGCGCUUAAUGAUAACUGAUGCUGCGAGGCACAAACUUCUGGUACUAACUGGGCAAAGCUUUGAAAACACAGGCGAGCUCAUUCUUCAGUCUGGAUCGUUCUCAUUUCAGAACUUUAUUGAGAUUUUCACAGAUCAAGAGAUUGGAGAACUGUUGAGUACAACUCACCCUGCCAAUAAAGCCAGCUUAACACUUUUCUGCCCUGAGGAAGGGGACUGGAAGAAUUCAAACCUUGAUAGACAUAACCUUCAAGAUUUCAUCAACAUCAAACUCAACUCUGCCUCUAUUUUGCCUGAAAUGGAAGGACUUUCUGAAUUCACGGAAUACCUUUCAGAGUCAGUGGAAGUGCCAUCACCUUUCGAUAUCUUGGAGCCACCAACGUCAGGAGGUUUUUUGAAGCUUUCUAAACCUUGUUGUUACAUCUUCCCUGGUGGAAGAGGAGAUUCUGCAUUGUUUGCAGUCAAUGGGUUCAACAUGCUUAUCAAUGGGGGCUCGGAGAGAAAAUCUUGCUUCUGGAAACUCAUCCGACAUUUGGAUAGGGUGGAUUCAAUUCUGCUCACCCACAUUGGAGAUGACAACCUGCCAGGAAUUAAUAGUAUGCUACAACGAAAAAUAGCUGAAUUAGAAGAGGAGCAGUCUCAAGGCUCUACUACCAAUAGUGACUGGAUGAAAAAUCUAAUUUCACCAGAUUUAGGAGUUGUGUUUCUUAAUGUCCCUGAAAGCCUAGGAAACCCUGAUCCUAAUUUCCAGUUGAAAAGAAGCAUAGAGGAGGCCUGUUUUACACUUCACUACCUAAGCAAGCUAUCUAUGAAACCAGAACCUCUUUUUAGAAAUUCUGGAAACAGUACUGAGCCCAUUAUUCUUUUUCAAAAAAUGGGAGUAGGAAAACUUGAAAUGUAUGUGCUUAACCCAGUCAAAAAUAGCAAAGAGAUGCAAUAUUUCAUGCAUCAGUGGACAGGUACAAGCAAAGAUAAAGCUGAACUUGUUCUACCAAAUGGUCAAGAGAUAGACAUCCCAGUUUCCUAUUUAACAUCAAUAUCAUCUUUAAUUGUAUGGCAUCCUGCAAAUCCCACUGAAAAAAUCAUCAGAGUUCUCUUUCCAGGGAACAGUACUCAAUAUAGUAUACUAGAUGGAUUGGAAAAACUCAAACAUUUAGACUUUCUUAAGCAGCCAACUGUUACACAGAAAGACCUUACUGGUAAUAUAGCAAGUCCAGCGGUAAAACAAACAAAACUGAAACAGCGAGCAGACAGUAAGGAAAGUCUCAAGCCUGUGACAAAACAACUAUCUAGCAAAACAGUCAGAAAGGAAUCAAGAGAUGAGGCAUCUGAUACAGGGAAGUCUAGUCCACCUGAAAAGGCUCAAAAAGUAGAAAGUAAAGAGAAACCCACAGCAAAAAAAGAUAAAAUGGCAAAAGCUGAAACUAGGCUCUCUGUGACAGAAAAGGAUUUGACAGCUAAGGAACAGCAGCUUGCAAAAUCAGAACCAGCUGAAAAACAAGCAGCAGAUGUCAAACCAAAAGUAAUAAAGGAGAAACAUGUGAAAAAGGACAUAAAAGCAAAAUCUGAGGAAAAGCAGGAAGAAAAGGAAAAACCAAAGAAAGAGGGGUCUAAGAAAGAAGAAAAAACCCCGGCUAAGAAAGAGGAAAAGGCUAAAAAGGAAGAUGCCAAGAAGGAUGUGAAAAAAGAAUCUAAAAAAGAAUCAAAGAAAGAAGCUCCCCCUAAAAAAGAAGAGAAAAGGGAAAUUAAAAAAGAAGAGAAGAAAGAGCCCAAGAAGCUUCUUAAAGAAACAAAGAAAACAUCUGCCUCUUUGCCCGAGUCAAAAAAGACUGUCACAAAGCCUAAGCCACAAAAGAAAGAAGAGUCUGUCAAGAAAGAAAGUGGGCUUCUUGGGAAACCAAAGGAGAAAGUUAAAAGCAAGCCUCUGAAGAAAGAGAUCAAAGUUUCCGAAGCAGCAGCUGCAGUGACUGCUUUGGGGGCUGUUGCUGCAACCGUGGCAGCUGCAGGUGUAGCAGCAAGUGGGAAGGAACUUGAAGUUGAGAGAUCCCUCAUGUCUUCACCAGAGGAUUUAACAAAAGACUUUGAAGAAUUAAAAGCUGAAGAAGUUGAAGUGGUAAAAGAGGUAAAAUCUCCGGUCGAUAUAAUAGAAAAUGAAGACAAAUUAACAGAUAUAGAUAGAAAGGAAGAUUAUGAAGCUGAGAAGGAAAAAACAGGUGGUCCCGCUGAUUCUCCUGACGAAGGCAUAACAACCACUGAACCUGAAGGAGAGUGUGAGCAAACUCCUGAAGAGUUGGAGUCUGUUGGAAAGGACAGGGUUGAUGACAAUGAAAAGUUUGAAGACGAAGGAACGGGUUUGGAAGAAUCUUCUGAGGCGGGUGACUAUGAAGAAAAGGCUGAGACAGAGGAGGCUGAAGAACAAGGUGAAAAUGAAGACGAAGAGGAACCUCUAGGCAUCAGACACCAAGAUAUGAAGGAUACAAUAGAGAUUGAAAAAGAAAUGACCAUUGCAUCUGAGUAUGAAAAAAUGAAAGGCUUGAAGUAUGAUGAAAAGGCAGAAUUUAGAGAUAAGGGUGAAGAGCAGGAUGAAGAAAAUGUAGAUGAAACAGUUGAAAAGGCAGAAACAGAAGAGACUGAGGAGGAAGCUGAGGAGGAAGACAAAAUUGAGGAUGUCAAAGAUGAAGAAGAGGAAACAGAGAAAAUAGCAGCUGAAGAAGAUUAUGUUAUGGCUGUGGUAGACAAAGCAGCAGAGGCUGGUGAGAUUGAUGCCAAAUAUGGCUUGCAUCCAGGCACUCCAAUGAAGCAUUCAGAAUCUCAGUCUCCUGCUAAAGAACCAGCAUCUUCAAUCCAGGAUGAAACUUUACCUGGUGGGUCAGAAAGUGAAGCAACUGUUUCAGAUGAGGAAAAUAGAGAAGAUCCGCCUGAAGAAUUUACUGCUACUUCAGGUUAUACCCAGUCCACUAUUGAAAUAUCCAGUGAACCAACUCCAAUGGAUGAAAUGUCAACUCCAAGAGAUGUGAUGAGUGAUGAAACCAAUAAUGAAGAAAGUGAAUCCCCUUCACAAGAAUAUGUUAACCUUACUAAGUAUGAGUCCGCUUUAUACACACAAGAUUUUACUAGGGCUAAACUUUCUCCACUUCCUGAUGCUUUCAAUGGGUUAUCUGAAGGAUCUAAAACAGAUGCUACUGAAGGUAAAGAUUAUAAUGUUUCAGCUUCUACUAUUUCACCACCGUCUUCUUUAGAGGAAGACAAAUUUGGCAAAUCUUCUUUCCAAGAUGUGUAUCGUCAACAAGUAAGUGAGAUCAAAAGUACUAGUAAAUUAGAAAUUUCAGAAGAUUUGGAUGAGAAGCAUAGUCCAAUAGAUGAAAGUCCAGGCCUUCUCUCACCAGCUGCUAAAACACCUCUUAGUGAACGCAGUGUGAACUUCUCCCUGACUCCCAAUGAAAUUAAAGUGUCAUCUGAACCUGCACCUCUCACAGCAGUGUCAGAAAAACAUCUUGAAAGCCAAGAAGAGCAAUGUGCCAGUCCUGAUGAUAAAACAUUGGAAGUAGUAUCCCCUUCACAAUCAGCUGCAGGUAGUGCUGGACAUACCCCUUAUUAUCAGUCUCCCACAGAUGAAAAGCCAAACCAACUUGCCUCUGAGAUUGCUGGAAAAACAACAGAAGCCUCAAUCACUUUUGAAAUUAGUGAUGCCAAAGAUAGCAUUGAUAAAAACAGAAUAAGCCCAAUGGAUGAACCAGUGCCUGACUCUGAAUCACCAUUUGAAAAAGUGCUCUCACCUUUACGAAGCCCACCACUCAUUGGUUCAGAGUCUUCCUAUGAUGAAUUUUUGAGUGCUGAUGUAAAAUCUUACCACAGAGAAACACCGAGUCCCUUUGAAAAGAAUGAAAAAGAUGGAUCUCCUUUGCAGAAGAGCCCAGCUUCUGAGGUUAUGUCUAAAACUGAUUUCGAAGAAAAGCAAGGUGAAAAAGAUAUGCAGCUUUCACCAUCAAAAUCAGACUUUGUUCUAGAAAAGAAGAAAGAUGACCUUGAAGCUUCUGAAACUCAUCCUGUAUCUGCUUUGGAUGAAAGGAAACUAGGAGAGAUUUCUCCUACACAGGUAGAUAUUAGUCAUUUUAGCUGUUUCAAAGAAGACACCAAAAUGUCAAUUUCUGAAGGUACAGUCUCUGAUAAAUCUGCAACUCCAGUUGAUGAAGUUGUGGCAGAAGACACUUAUUCACAUAUUGAAGGAGUUGCCUCUGUUUCCACAGCAUCAGUUGCUACUAGUUCCUUUCCAGAGCCUACUACUGAUGAUGUAUCUCCUUCACUGCAUGCUGAGGUUGGAUCCCCUCACUCUACUGAAGUAGAUGACUCUCUUUCUGUAUCUGUUGUACAAACACCCACAACAUUUCAGGAAACAGAAAUGUCUCCAUCUAAAGAAGAAUGCCCAAGGCCUAUGUCCAUUUCUCCCCCAGAUUUCUCUCCCAAAACAGCAAAAUCAAGGACACCUGCUCAAGAUCAUAGGUCUCCUGAACAAUCAACCAUGUCUGUAGAAUUUGGACAAGAUUCCCCAGAACAUUCUUUAGCAAUGGAUUUUAGUAGACAGUCCCCUGAACAUCCUAUAGUAGGUGCUGCUAUGCACCAUAUAUCUGAAAAUGGUCCAACCGAAGUUGAUUUUAGCCCUUCAGACAUGCAGGAACACUCUUUUCCAACUAAAAUAUCACCAGUGGACCAGGCAUGCUAUAGUCAUGAGAAGGAUAUUUCAGAGAUCAUUUCAGUAUCUCAGAUUGAGGCUUCACCCUCUUCAUCCUCAGCUCAUACACCUUCACCGGCAAGUUCUCCAUUGCAAGAGGAAACUCUAUCGGGUGUUACACAGCCUCAUGAUAUGCCAUUACAUUCUGCAUUUUCAUCUGAAAAAAUGCAGAGCCUGGGAGAAAAACUUUCACCAAAGUCUGAUUUGUCUCCAUUAACACCAAGGGAAUCUUCUCCAUUAUAUUCACCUAGUUUUUCAGAUUCGCCUCCUGUGAUUAAAGAGAAAACUGCCACUUCCCAGUCACCUCCAUUAUCAUUGCACAUGUCCCCAGACAAAUCAUUAGGUUAUCAUACCUCAGUAGUUCAAGACACUCUAACAAAACAUAGGCAGGAGCUUCUAGGCUAUACAGAACAGGAAGAUGGUGAGGAAACUGCAGGAUCACCCGAAGCUCUUAAUUACUCUUACAAUGGGACUGGAAAAAUCACUAGGUCACCAGAGGAUAUUGGUUAUUCUUAUGAAAAAACAGAGAAAGUAACAGGAUCCCCUGAAGUUCUUGCUUAUUCUUAUGUUGCCACAGGGAAGACCACCAGAUCCCCUGAGACUGAUAGUUAUUCCUAUGAAACAGCAGGAAAAGCCAUCAAGUCACCAGAAAAGUUUGAUUAUUCCAGUGAAAAAAGUCUUGGCUUGUCUGAAUCUCUUAUCUACUCUUAUGAAACCACUGAAAAAACAAGCAAAUCACCUGAAAGGGUCGACUACUCUUAUGAAAGCACUGGAAAAACUAGCAAAUCACCUGAAACAGUCAGUUACUCUUAUGAAGCGACUGGGAAAACCACCAGAUCACCCGAUAAAGCUAGCUACCACUAUGAGGUUGAUAAAUUCUUUGUUUCAGAAAAAACGGAAACUCGUCAAGAUGUUGAUCUAUGCCUAGUUUCUUCUUGUGAAUAUAAACAUCCCAAAACAGAACUUUCACCUUCAUUUAUUAAUCCUAACCCUUUAGAAUGGUUUGCAAGUGAGGAACAGUCUCAAGAACAAGAGAAGCCCUUAACUCAGUCUGGAGGAGGACAACCACCUUCAGGAGGAAAACAACAAGCACGCCUAUGUGGUGAAACUCCCCCAACCUCAGUCAGUGAAUCAGCUCCAUCACAAACUGACUCGGAUGUGCCGCCUGAGACAGAAGAGUGCCCUUCCAUUACAGCAGAUGCUAAUAUUGAUUCAGAAGAUGAAUCUGAAACUAUUCCAACAGAUAAAACCAUCACUUAUGAACACAUUGAUCCUCCACCAGUUCCAAUGCAAGACCGUAGCCCCUCACCCAGGCACCCCGAUGUUUCAAUGGUAGACCCAGAGACCUUGCCUAUUGAUCAGAACAUAGGCAAACCUUUGAGGAAGGAUCUGAAGGAAAAAACGAAAACGAAAAAACAGGGUAUAAAGACCAAGUCUUCCUCUCCUGCCAAGAAGGGUGACAGCAAAUCAAAACAAAUGGCUUCACCCAAGCCUGCUGGCUUGAAGGAUUCAUUCGAUAAAGUUUCAAGAACAGCUUCUCCAAAGAAGAAGGAGUCAGUGGAGAAAGCUGCCAAAAAUAUCUCUACUCCUGAGAUAAAAUCUUCCCGCAAUGAGGAAAAAGAUAAGGAAACCAAAAAUGCUGCCAAUUCUACAACAUCAAAGUCAGCAAAGACUACAACUGCAGGAUCCGGAAAUGGAAAACCAACCAAAUCGAUAGCCGUACCUCCAGGACCUCCGGUGUACAUGGACCUGGUUUAUAUCCCCAACCACAGCAAUAGUAAGAAUGUGGAUGUUGAGUUUUUCAAGAGGGUGAGGUCCUCCUAUUACGUGGUGAGUGGGAACGAUCCUGCUGCGGAAGAACCAAGCAGGGCAGUCCUGGACUCCCUGCUGGAGGGCAAGGCUCAGUGGGGAAGCAACAUGCAGGUGACUUUAAUCCCAACCCACGAUUCAGAGGUGAUGAGGGAAUGGUAUCAAGAAACCCACGAGAAACAGCAGGAUCUUAACAUCAUGGUUUUGGCAAGCAGCAGCACUGUUGUCAUGCAAGAUGAAUCUUUCCCUGCAUGCAAGAUUGAACUGUAAAAAAAAGAAAAAGAAAAAAGCAAUGCUUCGCAACUUUAAACUUUGUUUCCAGAAAUUCUUCAGUCUGAAAACACCUUUUCUAAAAAUGUAAUCCAUCUAAUUCAGCUGCCGAACUAUAUAUACCUGCCAAAUGCUAUAUUGUAUCACAGUGAUGCAAGUCACUAAUCUUUUUUUUCUUCAGUCUUUGCUGAUUGCUAAGGGAAAUAACCGUAUUCCCAUCAUAGGAUUCAAAUAAUUGCAAAAACUGCAGAUCCAGGUUCAUCUCUGCUGAAAAACUUGGAAACCAUGCACUAGCAAACACUGCUGACUUCUGCCAGGUUAGAGGCAUUUGCCCUUGAUAGAAAUACAAGGAGAAAAAAGAGAGAAGGGGGAGGGAGGGGGGAGAAAGAGCAGAGAGAGAGAGAGAGAGAGAGAGAGAGAGAGAGAGAGAGAGAGAGAGAGAGAGGAGAAUAAAACCAUUAGUUCUGCAUUACUCCUAAAGCAAUCAAUGUAUUGCUUCCUGCAGUCUGCCAUCGCAUAAAUAGAAAGUAUGUUUGCAUCAGUCUUAAGUUAUUGCAAGCGCGGGCGUUAAUUUAGUGGCAAAUUAGCAAAAAACCAUUUAAACGAAGCAGCAUGGCUUUGAAGGGACACAAGAACCAAAACAUUCAUUCACUGUUAGCAAGCUUCACUUUUAACGCUUCAUACUCACAUACCGUAAUUCUCUUAGGCAAUACUGUGCAAGUCGUUUCAACCCCAUUCUGUUUGACAUGCAAACAUGUUGGUCUAAGGCACGCUCCCAGGAAAGGCCCACAAACAAGUCCUCUUGAAUUUGACAAACCUGUGUGCUGAAACACCCGAGUCACCGUCGAGUUUACUGAUCAAAAUACCAAAGCAGUUGGGAGUAACUAUGGUAGACAAUUUGCCUUAGAAAGUGACUUGAAUGUACAAAGAUACUUGAUGCACUUAUUUUGUAAUGCAAGAUAGCAAGUUUUUAAACCAUCUGUGUAAGAUUAUAGUGACACCAGUUCAGAAGUAUGCCUGUGCAUGUGUGCGCCUGGAAACCGCUCUGGUUGGUCAAACAGCUUGGUGCUAUGAGUUAUGUAUGUAAGUUGAACACUUCAUUGGUGCACCUGAAGAGCAACCCUGUUUUGAACGUUUUUUCUUGCCUUUCUUUUUUUCUGCUUUAUGGAAGAAAGGGUGCCCAGUACCAGAAAUGCAAAACUUAACAAACAUAUACAGAAUGUUGCAAAAAAAAAAAAAAAGGUUAUCCGCACAUCUGUACAGACUUUUGAAGCCUUCCUUUGUCUUACGUAAUUUUGACUGUUAAUUUAAGAGUGAAUAUGGAAACAAAUGUACAGAAGAAUUUUUUUAGCUCUGUGCAGACUUUUAAUAGAUGAAUUUUUAAACAGAAGUUUCAUUUACAGGAAAAUGCAAAGAAAAAAACAUUCAGGUGAAGGCAGUGUGUUUUCUUUGUUUUUGUAAGUUUUGUGAGACAAUGCAUAGUGUAAGACAAUGCAUAGUGUGGUUGUAAGGAUCUGGGGAGAAGGAAGUACAAUAUAGCAGUAAUGUAUUUAUUGAACACAGUUAACUGCCAGGAAUUGCUUUGCAAGGAGCAUACUAACAAAUAUUGUUAUGUGGUAGUGAUUAAGGACCUUAGGACAGAGGGGCUAGUUGUCUUCCUUUUAACCCGAGGGCAGCCUAGAUUCUGAGCUGGCCCUUGGACACAGGCGAGAAUAUUUUUUCAUAGCAUCAGCAAAAGCGUUGUAUGUUUGGAAGUUGCAGCACAGCAUCCUCAGUUAUAUUUUGAGUAACCCUUCAGUACAUCUCUGAAACUGUUCAGUGCUGCUGGGUUGAGUUUAAAAAGUCUCCUGGUCUUCAGGUUUCCUUUCUCUUGAGUCAAAUUAGCUGAAGGAGGUAAAAAGAGUUUGUCUUUCCCAUCAUUUACAGAUUUCAUUGUGGGCGUGUGUAUGUUGUAUUUUUAUGAGAACACAUACACAUUGCAGAAUGUGGUUCAGAAUUCAGCUCCAUGAAAAUCAAACAUUUUAUCUAUACACACACACAUACUUGCUUUCAACCCAUCAUGUUAAAGGGAGAAAGCACAUUAUCUUUUUUUCAGGAUUUCUGGCAGCCAAGAGUGUAGGUCUUAAGUACCUUGUAAAGCCUUCCCCUUUUCCCCCAAAAAAGUAGUAAAAUAGUGAUUUUUCCAAACAAGAAAUAAUUUAAAAAGUGCACCAUUUAGGCUGGUUGCAGAAUUCAGAUUCAUUUAUUGAUAGAAUUGGAUUUGCCCGAAAUUUUUAUUAAAGCAUGCACACCCCAAAUACACACAGCCCAAGUAAAGCCUACCAUUUAUGAAGAUUAUUUAAUUGUUAAAGAAUUGGAAAAAGCAUAGAGCCUUUAUAGCUGAAACAUUGUAGAGCUAUUGCUGGUGCUGGUUAAGGGUAUUUUUGAGGACCAGGUUGCAUGUCAUCACUACAUUUACAGAAAACCAUUAUGUUUUACUUUGCAGUUCUUUAAGGGAUUUACAUAAACUUACUUCUGUAAUAGGAAUUUGUAUUAUUCUGUGCCAAUAAUUUUGCAGAAGGCUUUGAUUGCAUUAGGUAGCGGACAAGGGUAGCAUUUUAUUUUCUAUUUGCUGUAUAAUUUAUUUUGAUAGUUGACAUUGUUUAUUUUUGUUUUGUUUUAUAAAUGUGCAUUUGCACUGCUAAUUUUUAAAAAUAUUUUUAAAUACUACUUCAGACCCCUUUUUAAUUUGGGCCAUGUAGCCCUGUUAAUGCUGUGAAAUAUUGUUUGUUAAAUGUUUUGUGCAUUUUAAAAUUCUAAUGUUUUAUUUUUGUUUGACAAUUUUAGCAAUGCUGCUUUAUUUAUUAUUUUAUCAUGGCGGUACUUCAAACACUUGUGUACUUGUAGGUUCCUACUAUUUUUAGUGGAAAAAUAUACAUGAAAGCACUAUUAGAUUUGGCCCAAGUAUGUAAGAAUUCCCUGUGAUUGUGGUACAAGAGACGAAGGAAAACUUAUUGUGGAUAGAAGCAGAAUUGCUGAGCUCAUAGUCCUCUAGGUUUCUACUGCUAACUUCUUGAUCGUAAAGAUGGAUUCGCAACAUGACAAAGCGUUGUUUGUCCCAGUAUAGGCAUAAUAGAAACUUGUGUAGGGCACGUAGAGGACAUUUGUUCCAUUGUCUUGUCUUUAUGUUGAAGUACAUCAUCCACCAUGAAGUUCCAAUUCCCACAUCUUGCUAAGUAAUUAAAUAUUAUUUCUUGCCCUUUCCCAUCUCAACAGUGGCUGUUAGCUAUGCUGCAUCUAUUGAUGUGAACCUUAGCAGAACAUUCAUCCACACUGGAUGAACUAAAAUAUUCUUCUCAACAAUACAUUAUGUACUGCUGGGGCUAUGCUACAUGUAUUACUGUACUGUAUCCUGAGCUUUGCUUAGAGACUGCCUGAAAACCUUAUAUAUCCUAAUCCUACAAGAUAUGUUUUCUUAAUAGCAAGUCUUACUAAGAUCAGUGAGGCUCCAUUUUGGGUGUCUAAGAAUCAAGAGAUCAGAAAAGUUAUUUAUUAGGGUGAAAACACCCUGAACUCCCCAGUAUAUCUUUCUGAACUCUGCCAGAAACUGAAGGCCAAUCUAGUUAUUAAUGUAAUAUUCUAUAUAUUGAUAAAUUCCCUAGAAUUGAUUUUGUUUUAUAAUUACUUUUAAAACUCACUUUUUAAUUAAGCAGAAUUGAAAGCAUUUCAUGAAAUAUUUCAAUGAAUUUUUAGCUAAAAAAUGGAGAAUGUAAUUAAAAGUGAGCAACAGUAUUGCAGUUAGCAAGUGGAAAUUGCCACUUGAAAGACUGAUUUCAACUAGGUUACUUGUUUUAAUGAGAAUGUAUGUUGCUUGAUUCUUUGUUUAGUGGUCGAGAGCCAUAUUGCAUGUAUAUAUAUACUGCCUUGAAGAAUUAUUCAACCUUCUUUGACUGUAAGCCAUUUUGCUGUGUUACAAUUCUAGAAUUGAAAUUAAUUUAAUUGGCAUUGUUACCACUGGAUACACUAGCUACUCAACACUAUGAAGGCAAAAGAUAUUUUUAGUAUCACAAAAGUUAAGUAAACAAAACCAAACUGGCACUCAUUAGUUGCUUGAGUAUUCACAGCUCUGAAUCUAAACGUAGACAUAGAAGCAUGGGGAAAUGUUAUAGCUCUAAAUCUUUUUGAGUAAGACUAUUAGCUUUGCAUAACUAAAUCCUGUAAUUUUCUCAUUCUUUGUGCUGUGUUAGGUUGGAUGGGGACUACUGCUGAUCAGCACCUUUCAAGGCCUGUCACAUUUCCACAAUUGAAUCGAGGUCUGGGAUUUGAUUGGGCCAUUUUCAAACAUUCCAGUUCUUGUUUUCUAACCAUGCCAGUGUUAUUUUGGCUGUGUGUAUAUGGUUGUCCCUCGUUGAGAAUGUGAACCUCCAUCCAUCAACAUAUUUUGCAAAUUGCCCUGUAUUUACCUCCAUGUGUUUUACCCUCAGCCUUGGCCAGUUUCCCAGUCCAUGUAGAGAAGGAAAAAAAAUCCCCACAAAUGAUAUCACCACCAAGUUUCAGCAUGGAGAGGUCUUUUUGGGGUAAUGAGUUUGUGCUGCACAUAGCAUUUUGUGACAUGGCUAAAUUGUCUAUUAUUGCCUCAUCAGACCAGAGACCCCUUUUGUAUAUGUUGGUCUAGCAUUUGCAAGCUUUGAUCAGGGCUUGUUUCAGCAGUGACUUUCUUCUCUCACAGAUCCAGCUUUGUGGAACAUCUGGCUGAUGGUUGCCUUGAGAUUAUUUCCAUCUCAGCUGUGGCUUUCUUCAAAGUUAACAUCGACCACUUGUUUGCUUUUUGGACUACUGCCCUCCUUACCCUGUAAUUGAGUUGUAGUGGAUUGCCUUCUGUAGGCAGAGUUAUGGUUGAGCCAUAUUAUUUCCCUUGUGUAGUAAUUGAUUCAGUGGCACUCUGGAGGACAUUCAUAGAUAAGAUAGUUCUUUAUAACCCAACCCUGCUUGGUGCUUCUUCAUAACAUUAUCCCAGAUUUCUUUGGAUAGUCUUUUCAUUUGUUUGGGUAUGUUCUCCAAUGAAAUCUUAGUCCUUUCAGAGAAACAUAUUUUAUCUGAGAUAGUAUUGCAUCUAAAUGACAGAUGGAUGGACACCAUUUGGCUACUGAUGAGACUUUUGGAGGCAGUGAGAGGCGGCAAAGCUUGCUGAGCGGGUUAAUUUUGUGCUACAGUGAAAUAUUUGUUGAGUGUUGAGUAUCUUGCAGACAUUAAAUGAUAGCAAUGCCAAUUAAAACCUAUUUCAGUUUCAGGGCAUAACACAAUGAAAUAAUAAAAAGUUAAAGGAUGGGGGACAGAUGCUUCUGCAAGGCACUGUGUAUUUCUAAGCACAAAAGAGAUAUGACUCUCUAUUCUCCCUUCAAAAAUGGCAGCCUUACGGAAAGAACUUGGAAACGUUCAUUUGGGCUGCUGGCCAUUCUGGCAGGAAGAUUAUGAGAACGGUUAGCCAGAAAAAAGGAGAAUCCUUUCUAAACGUCAUUACAACAGAAGUCUCGUGACAGUAGCUUGUUUGAAAUCAGCAUGAAAGUGCAGUUCUAUGUCUGCUCUAAAGUAAUCCCAACUGAGGAAUGGAAUCUAUUUGCAGGUGUAUGAGGAUAGAAUUGCAGCCUUAAUGAGGUUUGAUUUCGGCCUUAAUGCUCCGUUCAAUUUAAGGCAAUUCUUGAUCAUUAUCAUCCAUAUUUUUUAUUGUAGAAGCAAAAAUGUCAUUAGGGUUUUAAUGUCAGCUGGUCUUUUUAUUUUAUGCCUCCAAAUCUUUUAAAGCUUUGCUCAGCUCUUGAGUAUCAGCUGCCUUUUUUUCUAAGGCUUGAAGAUCAUAAUUGUGUAGGACUUGUGUCAUUGAUUCCUAUUGCUGCUGCUGUCCAUUGUGGACCCCUGUCCUUCUUGAACUCUGGCAUCUGAGGGCCGGCAAACCACCCAGAGUGCCUUUUUUGAGGAUGCAGGGAGAUACAGCGGGAGAGAAAGCGAUAACUUCCUCACACAACUGGAAGUGCCUUCCUCUUGUGCAGCUGAAAUGUUGGGCUCAAGCCUAUGAUAGACAUGAUAGGUUUCUGGAUUAAAUCUGCAAAAGUUGGGUAUACUAUAAAAUUUAUAAACAAUGCUCUUUUUGCCUCUCACAGCUUUACAUGGCAGACAGUUCUUGUGUUCUGCUUGGCUUUGUGUUUUUUUUUAAUAAACACUUUGUGACCAAAUCAAUGCCUGUGCAACUAACCUGGUUGUUAGUCACAGCCAUAAACAGUUAGCUUAGCGACCGUCAAUCAGGAAGCAGCAAGGAUGCCAGCCUUGAUCUUUGCAGCUCAACACAGAUCACUAGAAGCAUGGUUGGAUAUUCAUGAGUCUAAGUUUAAUUACAUCAAUACCUGAGUAUUAAAAUACUCCAGAAAAUGGUUUUGCCUGUGGGUAACAUUAUCCUAAUCAUGGCCUUUAUGAGAGUACUAUAUUGUUGGAUGAAGUUCAGUGAUACGAGUGGAGCUCACAAUCCUUUUUCAAACAUAAAACAGAUCUUCUUUCUUGCGCCUUUUCAUUCUCCUAUGGUGGGUCUGAUUCCAACAAUCCCUAUCUUUUAAUUACAUUUGUCCAUUCCCUGUUUUUAUUUUGACUUCAUAUUCUGUGGUGAAUGGAUACAAAUGUGUAUAUGAAUGUAUUUAGCUGUCUUUCAUAGCUUAAGCAGUUUAGGAACCUUGCAACACCGAAUCGAGAUGAUAAAUUUGCAAAGGGAAAUUGCCCGGGGAACUCCUGCUCCAAGGAGAUAUUCUGCAUUUUUGAAAUUUAUGUCACAAACCUUUCUUUUGUUCAUAUAUAACCAGAAGUUCUUGCUCAGAGGGAAAUAGUAAUUUUAGUGGUCUGGCAUUAUUAGCAAUGAGAAAAUAUGUUUACACUUAUUGGGGGGGGGGGGGAAUCUUGCGUUUUCCCUUUUUUCACGAUAGUAGAACAAAUCAUGAAAAUCUGUCUAGGUACAAGCAGUUCUUUGAAUGCAUUUGCAGUUGCAUUGCUUGCCUUGUUAAAGAUGUUUGCUACUUUUAAAAAAAAAACCUGUUCGUUGUGAUCUUACAAAAUGGUAAAAAAAAAAUGCAGCAUCAAAACCUUGAACAUUUGGGGGGGGGGGGGGAAAUGCUUCUCUGCACUAAAUUAGCUUAGGAGCUCCGUCUGCCCAGAGCUACCAUUAUAUUCACGCAAGACUGGGCUGUAAUCACGCCAGAAAAACGCAAUUCUAAAGUGCCAGGAUGCUUUCACAUAGUUGCAUGCAGCCAUUUAUUCUUCUGAACCAUGGAGAGAAAGGCUUGUUGCUGGCUGAGAAGCACCUCACACACUCCUCUCUUGUUCCGAAUGGUCUUGUUUGUGUCGGUCUGCAGCUGUGUAUGGUUUUGUCUUAUAAUCCUUCAUCACUCUAUUCUAUCCAGUCAUAUCUAACGUAGAAAACUAGUUUCCAGUGAAAAGUAAUAUGUAGUGCUUUUAUGAUAUUUGUGUGCAAUAUCCCCUCUCCAUUGAGGAUAUUUGAUGUAAAGGAAACAAGCUCAGUUCCACAAUAAAAUACAAAAAUAGUUCAA